CUCCGUUUUCACGAUCCAGGUCGGUUUGCGCCCAGCCACGCCGCAGCAACCAACCGGCUACGGUACAGGGUCACCAAUAUCGAUUAACAACAUUGUUUAUUAGCCUAAUAAUAAUAAUAACCCCAAAAAUCAACCCGAGGCCGCCGGGGUAAAAAAAACCAGAGAAAUUAGAGGGUGAGAACGAGAGAGUGAGGGCACGCGAAAUCGGCCGGAGCCCCAACCCUUCCUCCUGCAAGCACGCCCCGUCCUCCAUCCGACCCCUUGUGCUGGCGCCGGCCCCGAUCGAUCGAAUCGAUCGCCCCGGGUAUCGAGCGAGCGAGCGCCAUGGCCGGCGAGGCCGCCACCGCCCUGCGCGGCCGGGCCGCCGGGCCGUCCCGGUCCCGGUCGCCGUCCCCGCCGCGGUUCACGGCGCUGGAGCUGGCCGCGGCGGAGCACCUCAUCCACCUCAGCGAGAGCAGCUGCUCCUCCGGCGCCGCCGCCGCCCCCACCCCGCGCGCCGGCCUGCUGCUGCUCCCGGCCUCCGCCGCGUCGUCCUCCACCUCCCCGCGCUCCGUGAACAACGCCCCUCCCCCGCCCGCGGCGCCGCCUGCUGCUGCGGCGGAGGGCGACGAGGACGACGAGCAGGAGGUGGGCGGGAGGCGGCGCAGGAACAGGCGCUACCGCCCGAUCGCGGAGAUCUACGCGGCCACGGACCCCAAGCCGAUCGGGACGCGCCGCAGGAAGAAGGCCGCCGAGGACAGGCCCAGGACGGACGGCGCCGCCGCCAAGGCCAAGGAGCUAGGGGCGACCCCGUAGGGAGAGAAGCUGGACUUGUUUGUAAUUAUGGAUAAUUACUAGGGACUAGCUAGCUAGCUUGAUGGUAUGUAUGUGAUCAGGAGCUUGGGGUAUGUAGCUAGCUAGUAGAGGAUCAGAUGCUGGAUUAACUGUAGAUUAUAUAUACAAUACUGUAUCCACCAAUAAUAUCUAUCACAGUUUGCUUUACAUGUAUAUAUAUAUGGAUGGAUG